AUGGUCUUUGUACUUUCAUGCGGAUCCAAUGUUUAUUCCCAAUGUUGCCAAAAGGGAUCAGAGAAAAUUACAACCUUGAGUCCUAUUACGUUAUUACCGGAGGGAGUUUCUCUCGUUAAUGUAAAGAAAAUUGCUUGUGGAAGAGAACACACCAUGAUGUUACUUCGUGAUGGGCGAUUGUUCGGUAUUGGACACAAUCAACACGGUCAAAUUUUCGGAAAAACACAAGCCCAGUAUUCUGAAUUUCUUAAAAUUGACAGUUCUUCUUUUCUUUCAGUUGGGGAUACCAUUGUAGAUGUAUUUUGUACACAAAUCAAUACCUAUGUCAUUACUGAAUGUGGAAAAAUAUAUUGGUCAGGAUGGGAAAAUCUUCAUAGUGAGAAGAAUUAUCUCAAAAUGCAAAAUAUGGAUGGCAUAAAAAGUAUAGACUAUUUUGUGACAAAUUCAAAUGCUGUCCAUUGCUUUAUUAGUUCACAUGGCAAGCUUUUCUCAUGUGGUUGGAAUUCGCAUGGUCAACUAAGUAUUGGAACAAAAAUUGAUUCUUAUGGUGCUCUGCAAGAAGUUGACUUUGAUGUCAGAAAAAUUAAAUGUAUUGCUUUGGGAGCUCAAUUUUCUGUAUUAGCAACUACUGAUGACGUUCUGUAUGGUUGUGGAUCGAAUGGAGAUUUUCAGCUUUCUUCUGGAUACUCAACCUCUGAUGUAUUCUCAGUGAUUGACACACCUUUCAAGGAUAAAAAAAUUAGGAAUAUUGUUUGUGGAGGUUUUCACACACUUGUGCAGCUUGAGAAUGAAGAAAUUUGGGGUUGUGGAAAGAAUAUUUCCUCAGACACCUUUGUACAACUCGAUAUCAAUGAGCCAAUUCGAGCGAUGGGUGCUGGGUGGCAAUUUUUCAUUUGUCUUGGGGAGAGCAUGAAAUUAUAUGUCUGUGGAACCAACACCUAUGGCCAAUUGAGCACAUCGAAUUGUGAUGAUCAGAAUCACAUCACAUGUCUUCCUCCGCACCCUCUCAUAACUUCUUACACUGAAAAGACAGUGUUUGAUUGUGGAGAAUUUUAUACUUUUUGCUAUUCAACCUCGGAUUGUAUUGGUAAUCACUUUAUUUUCAUGCAGUCCAUUCUGAAUCGCGCAAAUGGAAUCACAAACAAAGAGACGAAUAGUCACUAUCAUAGCGACAGUCUCUUCUUGUCAGACAUUAAUAUUCUGUCCAGCGAUACUUCCCUCCAAUAG